AUGCCAAACACUACAAUUGAAGAUAUAGCUGCUGGUAUCACUGCAGCUUUGAUUAGCAAGCUCCAAGAGCAGACAUUGGGUGCAACUCCGGUAACGACUAACGUCACUGCUGACAAAGUUGACAAAGUUGACAAAGUUGACAAAGUUGAACAACCUGUUGUAUCAAACUAUGAUGACAAAUAUUUUGACAAGUUGGCUGAGAAAUACAUUGAUUUUACUUACAACAACCCUACAAUCUAUCAUGUUGUUGACCACUUCAAGCACCAAUUGAAAGAUGCUGGAUUUGAGUAUUUACCAGAACCAGAAUCGUGGAGUGACAUCAAACCAGGUAAAUAUUUCACCACUAGAAAUGGCUCUUCUCUUGUUGCAUUUGUUGUUGGUAAAAAUUGGAAACCGGUUAAAGGCUUUGGUGCCGUUGGAUCCCAUAUUGAUUCACUCACUACUAUCUUGAAACCAGUUUCGAAGAAAGACAAUGUUGAUGGAUACGAGUUGCUUGGUAUUGCUCCAUAUGCUGGGACAUUGGGUAAUCUUUGGUGGGAUAGAGAUUUGGGUAUUGGUGGUAGAUUAUUGGUGAAGGACUCCAAGGGUAAGGUUUCACAACAUUUGGUUGAUUCUACACCUCAUCCAAUUGCUCACAUUCCCACAUUAGCACCACAUUUCGGUGACCCAGCUGUUGGACCAUUCAAUACCGAAACGAAAGCAGUUCCAGUGAUUGGAUUUUCUCAAGGAAAAGAAGACGAUCCUGUACCUACUGAAGCUGAAAAGAGGGCUCCCUUGUAUGGAAAACAUCCGUUGAAAUUGUUGAGGUAUAUCGCUAAGAAGGCAAAUGUUGGUGUUGAAUCAAUUAGUCAAUGGGAUUUGCAAUUAUUUGACGUUCAAAAGGGAACUAAAGGUGGGUUAAACAAUGAGUUUAUUUUUGCUCCUAGAGUUGAUGAUAGAGUAUGUUCAUUUGCUGCUUUGAAUGGGUUGAUUGAUGCUACAAAGGAGGAGCUCAAAGAUGACAACUCAUCAUUUACCAUUGUUGCAUUGUACGACAAUGAAGAGAUUGGUAGUUUGACUAGAGCUGGUGCCAGAGGUGGAUUAUUGGAGCUGGUUGUUGAAAGGGUUGUUGCUAGUAAACAUUACAACCCUGAUGAGGUAGCCACUCAAGAUAAAUUGAGAUUAGUAUAUGCCAACUCCAUCAUUUUAUCAGCUGAUGUUAAUCAUUUAUUAAAUCCCAAUUUCAAAGAAGUUUACUUGGAAAACCAUUCACCUGUACCCAAUAAAGGUGUUGCUAUAGCAUUAGACCCUAAUGGCCAUUUCGCUACUGAUUCAAUUGGAUUGGCAUUUGUGGAAGCUUUGGCUCAUCGCAAUAAAGAUGAAUUACAAUAUUUCCAAAUUAGAAAUGAUGCGAGAAGUGGUGGAUCAAUUGGACCAGCAAUUUCAUCAGCCACUGGUGUGAGAACUAUUGAUUUGGGAAUUCCUCAAUUAUCAAUGCAUUCAAUCAGAGCUACUGUUGGCUCAAAGGAUAUUGGAUUGGGGACUAAAUUUUUCACUGGGUUUUUCCAAAAUUGGAGAUCAACUUAUGAUGAAUUUGUUGAUUUGUAG